AUGAAACUUGAAAAAGGAGCAGAUCUAAAAAAUGGGGCACUUGUUGUCUAUGAGUCACAACCUUCAAAUGCAAUACCUUAUGUGUGCUAUGUUACACUCCCAGGCGGGAGCUGUUUUGGAAGUUUUCAGAAUUGCACAACAAAAGCAGAAGCACGAAGAAGUGCUGCAAAAAUUGCAUUGAUGAAUUCUGUUUUUAAUGAACAUCCAUCACGAAAAAUUUCUGAUGAAUUUGUGGAAAAGGCAGUUGGAGAUGCCCUGGCUGCAUUUAAGGGCAACAAAGAAGAUGCUGAUAAUCCAAACACUGGCAUUGGAGCAUUUAAGUUCAUGUUGGAAGCCAACAAAGGUCGAACAAUGCUCGAAUUCCAAGAACUGAUGACUGUUUUUCAGCUGCUGCACUGGAACGGCAGCCUGAAAGCUAUGCGUGAACGCAACUGUUCCCGCCAGGAAGUUCUCGCUCACUAUUCGCACCGUGCGCUGGAUGAUGACAUGCGUUCUCAGAUGGCUCUUGAUUGGAUCACUCGUGAACAGGAGGCAACAGGGACCAUUGCUCACGAACUCGAGGUGGCCGAACAGGAAUUAGAGAGUGCACGACUUGCUGGGAGGGAGCUGCGUUUCCCCAAGGAAAAGAGAGACAUUUUGGUGUUGGCACUUAGUCAAAUUGGGCCUUCAGAAAGCAUGGCAUAG